CUGCGAGCAAAACAAUGAGCUCAGACUGGCUGGGAAAAGCGGAGCGGCGGCCUUUUGCGUGCGAGGCGCUCUUUUGGCAAAGCUGAGCGGCGCAUCCUCCGGCGGCUCUCCUUUGCAUUGCGCUUGAAGGCGGCGGGGAAAUGGAGCGCUCGGCUCGCGCCAGCUGCUGGCUGUAAGUCGACCGGGUUUCGCCGAGCAGAGACCGCCGCUACCACCACCACCACCCACCCCGCGAGCAUGAAGUACAAGAAUCUUAUGGCAAGAGCCCUUUAUGAUAAUGUCCCAGAAUGUGCAGAAGAAUUGGCCUUCCGGAAAGGUGAUAUUUUGACCGUGAUAGAACAAAACACUGAAGGAUUGGAAGGAUGGUGGCUCUGCUCUUUACAUGGACGACAAGGCAUUGUUCCUGGAAACCGUGUGAAACUUCUGGUAGGCCCUGUACAAGAGAGUCCAUCUCAUCAGGACUUGUCAAAUUCAGGACCAGCAAUUCAGUCCCCUAACCAGCAAAAAGUCUACCAAGUGCCAAAUGCUCAUACCUCUCCUCGGGAUCCCAUCUAUCAAGUUCCGCCUUCUUAUCUGAAUCAGGGAAUCUACCAGGUACCUACUGCCCACGAUGUUUACCAAGUGCCUCCAUCCGGGCAGAGAAGUUUUGGUGGCGUUGAUGCAGGCAAUAAGGUGGUCACUCCGGUCAGGUCAGGACAAGGUUAUGUUUACGAGUUUCCUACCAAAUACCAGAAGGAUACCUACGAUAUCCCACCAGUUCGUCCUCUUCAAGGGAUCUACGAUGUCCCCCCUGGAUCAGUUAAAAGUCCUCCACAAGCAGCUCAAAUGAGUGAUAUGAAAUCUCAAGGGAUCUAUGACGUUCCUCCCACUAAAGGGAUCUGUACCAAUCCCUCUUCCUCAUUCAGAGAUGAGAUGGAUGCUAGAGAAGGAAUCCCUGAUUUGGCUGCUGGCAUAAAGCAUGAAGCGAGCUCAGAAGGGGUAUAUGAUGUCCCACCUCCCAUAGCCAAGGCAGCCAUCCCUUCUGAACUGACACCACACCAACAAGGCCUCUAUGAUGUUCCAGUGAGCCACCAAACUCACUUUGUUGGACAGCAAAUAGUUCCCCAGGCAGAUAUUUAUGACACCCCUCGUGGGAUUCCCUUUCCUGGACAGCAUCUAACAUUUGGUGAAAGUCUGAAUCCAGAUGGAAAAGAAGGAAUAUAUGACGUCCCUCCACAGGUCACACAGGACACUAAAAGGCUACAGGAUAUUACCGAUGGGAUAAACCGAUUGUCUUUUUCAAGUACAGGGAGCACCCGGAGUAACAUGUCCACAUCUUCCACGACAUCAAAGGAGUCUUCUUUUUCAGCUAGUCCUUCUCAUGACAGAAGGAUAAUACUGGAUCCUGACUCAGCCAUUGAGAGACUUUAUUGGAAUCAGAACACAGUAGAAAAUGCUGUCUCCAGUUUGAUGGCCUUCGUCAAUCCUGACUGGCGAUCGUACGAGAACAUGGAAAAACAUAUCAACAAGAUACAUACUGCAGUUGACAAAGUGGAACAGUCACUGGUCGACUACCUCCAUUUCGCAAAGGGGGCAACUGCCAAUGCUUCCUAUCUGUCUGAACUUAGUCUCUACAAUAAAAUGAGGAGGGAGCUGCAGAGACUGGAAGAUUCCUAUCAGAUUUUGACCCAGACUAGCCACGACCUUAGUAAUUGCAGCUGGUCCUUGAAUGUCCUAGCGGCCAACAAGCCUCAGAACAAAUGUGAUGACCUGGAUCGUUUCGUGAUGGUGGCAAGGACGAUCCCAGAUGAUGCCAAACAACUGACCACCAGCAUCAGUGUCAAUGCUGAGGUGCUCUUCAAACAAGGACCUUGCAGCUCCUAUAUAAAAAACGCAUCGGAGGGCAUGAACCCUGCUGCUGAUUAUGUGUAUGAUAAUCCCCAGGCUCUAACAUUGCACCCUGGAGAUAAAAACCAGGACCACUGCACUUCUCUAUCACCACUCCUUUCUAAAAACCAGCCUUACCAAUGCAACAGCAAUAAUAGCUUAGAAAAGAGCUGGAUGGAUGAUUACGAUUAUGUGCACUUGCAGGGGAAGGAAGAGUUUGAAAGGCAACAGAAAGAGUUGCUGGAAAAAGAAAACAUUGUUAAGCAGAACAAGACACAGCUGGAGCAUCAUCAGUUGAAUCAGUUCCAGCGAUUGGAACAAGAAAUCACAAAGCCAGUAGAAAAUGACAUCUCAAAGUGGAAGUCACCGCAAAGUCUUCACCCAACAAAGAACUUGGUAGCCACUCAAGAGAGGCAGCUUCUUUUGUUUUAUUCAGAACAAUGUGAAACUCAUUUCAAUUCCCUCCUGAACGCCAUUGAUGCCUUCUUCAGCUGCAUCAGUGCUGCGCAGCCCCCAAGGAUCUUUGUCGCUCAUAGCAAGUUUGUCAUCUUAAGUGCUCAUAAACUGGUCUUCAUUGGGGAUACCCUGACUAGGCAGUUGACAACUCAGGAAAUGCGCAACAGCAUCAUGAAUUCCAGCAACCAGCUGUGCGACUUGCUCAAAAGCAUCGUUAUGUCAACCAAGGUGGCUGCCUUGAAUUAUCCUAGCACAUCCACUUUGCAAGAUAUGGUGGACCGUGUGACGGAUCUUUCCCAUUACGCACAGUUGUUUAAGUGUUCUUUGGCUCACAUGGCGUCUUACUGAGAUGCGCAAGAUGGACUCAGACCAACAAGGAACUGGAACGUGUCUUCUAUAAUAUGUACAGAUUUUAAACUUGGAUCAUGUAUUUUUUUUUUCUGUAGAUGUUUUUAUAUGGAAAUUUUAAAAUUCAUUUUAUGGAUUAGAAAUGACAAAAAUUUUCAGCAAUCUCAGUUUAUUGGUUUCGAUAUACAUUUAUAAAUAUUAAAUGCAUUCUCAUAUAUGUAUAUGUGGGGACAUUUCAUAGAAUCUAUUAUGUCAGCACCUUAACAAAAGCAUCCGUCAGUUCUGUGAUGUAUAUAGGGGCUUAAUUUUAGGAUACCAAUUAACCUGAUGCUACUUUUCCCUUUUGGGGUCUACAAUGUAUAUUUUAUUUUAGCUUAAUUAUGUCAUGUAGACAAUGUUGUAAAGGCUAUGGCAACUCUUAAAGUAAAUAUUGUUUUACAUCCAAAGGAAAGAUUCCAACAAACCCUGUCUGGAAUAAUUGUUAGUAAAUAAACUAUACCUCCUUUAACACUAA